GUGGUCUCGUUGCUAGGCGUUGCUAGGGUCUCUUCUGUAUGAACUGGGAGUGAGGUGAAGAACAUGAAGAUCAAGUUCCUCCUUCAAGUAUGAGGCCAAGUUGAAGGUUUCACCUCUAGUCCCCACUCUUCAAACCCCCUAAAGUUAGUGUGGGACUCAGGUUGAUGUCUCCACUCCACCUUAAGACCCUUAUCCUCGAUGGGGACAUAUGAUGGCGACCAGACUUGUUCAUUAUGUUGUGGCUAAGUCAUGGGAACCUUCAGUGACUCCGAUCCUGACUUCUGGGAUUUGGGAGAGGAAGGUGGCGGCAAAUCAACUCAGAGAAAAAGGUGCCGACUAAAAAAAAGCAAAGGCUUCCCUGAGUUUCCUAUAAAUGUACCUGAUAACAGAAAUAAAGAAAAUAAUGCUAUCCUUCCAAAAAUAAAUACUAAACAAGAUGUGAAGGUCCCUGACAAUGUGAAGAAGAAAACGAGACAAGAAGAUGAAGAUGGAAAUUUAAUAGAUAACUGUGAUAUUGUUGUAGAAAGGAACGCUGGAGAUGGUAAUGGUAAUAAAAGUGAAAAUCAAGAUAGCACUGAUGGUGAAGAAUCUGAUAAUGGAAAUGAGUUUGAGAAUAAUUGUCAGCAGAAAGAUCAGGAGGAAGGACGUGGAAGCAGCAGUGACUCUAGUAAACGUACCAGUCUUGUGAGUGGUUCAGAUUUGCCACAAGAUUCCCCAAAAGACACCCACCUCACUGAUGAAUUACCAAAAAGUUCAAAAGGCUCUACCAGUGAUUCACAAUGGCUGGUUGAAGAAUACCUUCUUCCACCUCAGCAAAAACUUAAAUUGGCACUUUACCGAGGAAGGAAACUGUUAGCUGCAAAGGAGGCUGAUGGUGCUGUGAGAGAAUUCAUUCGUGCUCAGGCCCUCGCCAGAAUUGUUCACGGUGACCAACACUGGAGAUAUUGUCGGUGCAAAGUAUUUUUAGCACAAACAUAUUUGUACCUGAAGGAAUAUGCUCCCCAAGGAGAGGCACAGGCACAGGAAGCUUUGGAGACCAUCAAUGUCCACCUCUCCACGGAUCUUGCACCUGCAAAAAAACCACAGGUUCACCAUACAUUACUGUGGGGAUACCUGAUCAGUGGUGAAGCACGCAUUAUAUUAGGUCAACUUGUUGGAGCACAGGAAGCUCUCAGUCUUGCUCUCUAUCACACUCAUGUCUAUUCACGAAUGGUCUCACGAUGGAAGAAAAAACUAACCCCAUCACUCACAAUGGAUCGGGCGCUUGAUUUACAAGUUAAAGUCCUUUGUGCCCAAGCAACCCUUUAUACCAAGAGGAGAAAAUAUAUCAAGGCCAGGGAAAAGUUGGAAUCAAGCAUAAAAACGAUAGAAUCUGGUGGGACAGGCGUUGAUGAUCCUGGACUUGUUGAUCCAUUGCAACAGCUUGGCCAACUUCUUCUGAACCACAGUCAGACUGAUGAAGACAGUGAGGCAGGCCUGGAGUGCCUGACUCGAGCCGUUCAUAUAACACAAGUUAGCAAUAGGCCAGGAAGUGUAGCUGAAUGUGAGGCUCGACGACUGUUAGUAGAACAUCAGCUACGUUUACGGAGAAUGGACACAAAAGAAGCUUUACGGGAGCUCCAUAAACUUGGCCUUCUUUAUUCGCGACUGCAUGGAGAGCACAGUCCAAAGACUUUAGCCAUACAUAGUCUUACUGUGCAGGUUCUAGUGCAGGAGGAAGACUAUGAACAGGCUAUACAGCACCUCAAGACAAGACUUAAACACUGCCGGGAUGCAUAUGGAGACUUCAGCUCUCAGGUGUGUGGAGUGCUGCGUCAACUUUCUCGUGUCCACGCUCUUAGUGGUGACUUUAGUCCUGCAGCUUCAGCCCUUGACCAGUGUCUUCAUGCUGAAAUAUCAAUCUAUGGGUCCUCUUCAAGAAGGGCUCAAGCAUCUCGGCUGAGAUUACAGGACAUGAUUAUAAAACUACCAUUGUCACUGAGAAUGAAGAUGUAUAGAAAGCAUCCAGAACUGCAGAACAAACCACGGUUUAGAAAUAUAUAAUUCCUAGUUUAAUAAUGAUGUAGAUGUUUUGGUAUAUACUGCUGUAUAUUUAAGAACAAGGACAUAUCAUUUGAAAUGUGACAGAAUGACUUUAAUAUUUGUUAUUCCAUAUUUUUGCUUUAUGAAAUGUAAGAUACUGGGCUCUCUCAAUUAAAUAAUCUCAAAUUCCAGAGCUUUUCAAGUACAGUAUAUUGAUACACUUUUCAAUAUCUCAACACACAGUUAUCAAAUAUUUCUUUUCAUAAUUAAAAGCAAUAGACCCAAUUUCAGUAUCACAUUAAAGUCAUUCUGUCACAUUUCAAAUGAUAUGUCCUUGUUCUUAAAUAUACAGUACGGUAGUAAAAACAAAACAUAUACAGUACAGGCAGGGAAUUAAUGAUAAUAGUUCUGUAGUCAAAGAAAGAACUACCCGGUAAAUUAAAAUCCUGUUACAUUUACACUUUUCACACAAGACAGGUCUUGGUAGACACUUUCUUCAACAAUUAUUAUUUUACAAAGCUCAAAUUCUCUUUCUGAUCAGAAACAACAAAACUCAAAUUUAAUUUCUUUUAGUUUUCUUAUGAGUUUUGGAAAUCUGAUUAUUUACACAACUACAGUACUGUAUACUGUACUGUACUGUACUGUAUAUCAGUUGAGUUCUUGUUGUGUUAUUUUGUCACAUGUGAUUAAAUUAUUGCAAAAUAAAAGUGAAAUAAUUAUAUAUUAUUAUGAUGCUAUACUGCAUUAGGAUAUACAGUAUAAAUUAUACUGUAACUAUAUUUGAUGCCAUAGAUAAAUAUUCAAACUGUUGCUGUUAAUAAAUAUUUGUUUAAACUAUCAAGUUAC